AUGCUCAAACAGCGCAAACCAGAAGACAUAGAAGCACCAUUCCCUUGGGCUGCACCGAAACGUGCCACGGUCCAUAGUCUUGAAUAUCUCCAUUCCAAUCGCAUCGGCACGAUCAGCGGCCUUGUUCAAUGCCAGAAGUGUGACGAAAGCUAUGAGAUUUCUUAUGAUUUGAGGCAGAAGUUCACCUGA